UUGCGACACCGGCGAGACCUCUAGGGCGGGGCUUAGGACGACCUGCUCAGUGGGCCGCGAGUAUUCGUCGGAAACAAAACAGCGGCAGCUGAGGCGGAAACCUAGGCUGCGAGCCGGCCGCCCGGGUGCGGAGAGCGAAGGAACCAACACAAGACAGCAGCCCUUCGAGGUCCUUAGGCAGCUUGGCCUGGAGGAGAACACAUGAGAGAAAGAAUCUCCAGAGGCUUUAUUCUCUUUGAAAAGGUAUUUCUGUUCAGUUGCUCCAAUGACAGAGAUACCUGCACCUUUGUCCUACUUCCAGAAUGCACAGAUGUCUGAGGAUAGCCACUCCAGCAGCGCUGUCCGGAGCCAGAGUGACAGCCAAGAACGGCAGCAGCAUCACGACAGGCAGAGACUUGACAACCCUGAGCCAGUAUCGAAUGGCCGACCCCAGAGUAACUCAAGGCAGGUGGUGGAACAAGAUGAGGAGGAAGAUGAAGAGCUGACAUUGAAAUAUGGAGCCAAGCAUGUCAUCAUGCUGUUUGUUCCUGUGACCCUCUGCAUGGUCGUUGUCGUGGCCACCAUCAAAUCAGUCAGCUUCUAUACCCGAAAGGAUGGGCAGCUAAUCUACACCCCAUUCACAGAAGACACUGAGACUGUAGGCCAAAGAGCCCUGCACUCGAUCCUGAAUGCUGCCAUCAUGAUCAGUGUCAUUGUUGUUAUGACCAUCCUCCUGGUGGUUCUGUAUAAAUACAGGUGCUACAAGGUCAUCCAUGCCUGGCUUAUUGUUUCAUCUCUGUUGUUGCUGUUCUUUUUUUCAUUCAUUUACUUAGGGGAAGUAUUUAAGACCUACAAUGUUGCCGUGGAUUACAUUACAGUUGCACUCCUGAUCUGGAAUUUUGGUGUGGUCGGCAUGAUUGCCAUUCACUGGAAAGGCCCACUCCGACUGCAGCAGGCGUAUCUCAUUAUGAUCAGUGCCCUCAUGGCCCUGGUAUUUAUCAAGUACCUCCCUGAGUGGACCGCGUGGCUCAUCUUGGCCGUGAUUUCAGUAUAUGAUUUGGUGGCUGUUUUAUGUCCCAAAGGUCCACUCCGUAUGCUGGUUGAAACAGCUCAGGAGAGAAACGAGACUCUGUUUCCAGCUCUUAUCUAUUCCUCAACAAUGGUGUGGUUGGUGAAUAUGGCUGAAGGAGACCCAGAAGCCCAAAGGAGGGUACCCAAAAACCCCAAGUAUAACACGCAAAGAGCGGAAAGGGAGACACAGGACUCUGGUUCUGGGAACGAUGAUGGUGGCUUCAGUGAAGAAUGGGAGGCCCAAAGAGACAGUCACCUGGGGCCUCAUCGCUCUACUCCCGAGUCAAGAGCUGCUGUCCAGGAGCUUUCCGGGAGCAUCCUAACUAGUGAAGACCCGGAGGAGAGAGGAGUAAAACUUGGACUGGGAGAUUUCAUUUUCUACAGUGUUCUGGUUGGUAAGGCCUCAGCAACUGCCAGUGGAGACUGGAACACAACCAUAGCCUGCUUCGUAGCCAUAUUGAUCGGCCUGUGCCUUACGUUACUCCUGCUCGCCAUUUUCAAGAAAGCAUUGCCAGCCCUUCCCAUCUCCAUCACCUUUGGGCUCGUUUUUUACUUUGCCACGGAUUAUCUUGUGCAGCCCUUCAUGGACCAACUUGCAUUCCAUCAAUUUUAUAUCUAGCAUUUCUGCAGUUAGAACAUGGAUGUUUCUUCUUUGAUUAUCAAAAAAACAAAAACAGAAAACAAACCUCCAGAGGAGAUGGAUGAUUUUCCUGUGUCCUCAGCUAACAAGUCAAGACUCCAGUGGGACUUUUGCAGCUUCCUUCCAAGUUUCCCUAGCCACCGGCACUACUGGACUGUGGAAGGAAGCAUCUACAGAGGACGGUUUCCAACAUCCAUCAUUGCAGUGAAUGACGUUCCUCAGUGUAGAAACCAGCAGACUUGAGAGACAAGGACAAGGAAAUGGGCUGGGCCCAGGAGCUGCUGUGCUCUACCAGACCCUUGGGCAUGGAGAAUUACCAGUGCUGGGAACUCUCAAGAGGUUAAAUGAAGUGAUGUGAACCAAACAGCUGCCAUCUUCCAUGCCAUGUUGGAAAUAAAACAGGUCCUAGCUGAAUCCUGCACUGUUCAGGAGGUUCUGUGCAGAGGUGGCACUGGGCCCAGGCCUCCCUCUCAGGCUCCUUUGCUGCCCAAUUGUAAGUUUAAAUAAGGACACCGCCCCACACAAACCCCAGCCCCUGUCACAUCCGUGACUUUGACCAUUUUUGUUCUCAAGCACUGACACUAUUAUCUGUGGUUGCCAUUUCUUCCCAAGGCCAGUCUGGACGAAUUUGGGGUUGCUCUAUCCUGAGAGUUGUAACCUCAGCUUCCAAAGUGUAUACUUUCUUGAAAUGAUGGAUCUAUUGCUCAAGAGUCCCCUGUCAUCCUUACAUAACUUCUGGGUUUCCCACAAUCCCUCGUUUUUAGACACACUUUAAGCUUACUCUCGGCCCAGAUGUUCCCUCUCCCUGUCUCUCCCUUGUCCCUCAGCAGUUCCCUCUGACAGCAGACAAGGCAGCUCUGGGAGGUAGCUAGUGGCCCUGAUAACCCAGGAGUUUCUCCUCAUGUGAUGCAAAUACUACGUCCCCUAUCAAUCAGUGCUGUCAGCGUGCUGCCAUAGCUCCUUCGAUGGCAAAUAGGAUGUGUGCCCAAAGAAUUAAAGCAACAAGUGGCUGGGGAAGCGUUCUCUGUCCUGGCUGUUCUUUUGUUACCACAAUCCACUCACUGUCAAGGGCAGAAUUUAAACUAGGGGCUGGGGGAUAGCUCAGAAUACAAUGCUUGUCUUGCCCUUGGCUCAGUUCCCAGCAUUGGGAAAAAUAAAUAAAUAAAACCAUAGGAUUUAAAUUAAUGUCUAGUGCUGGUAGUUGGUCAGUUCAUGAACCAGUUAUGUUGGUAAAGAAACAAAGGUUUGGAGAAAAGCUGUUUCUUGGUUAGCGGUGGAAGUACUUGGAUGCAGGACCUAAACCAGCUGCCAAGAGGAAAGACGGCCUCCCACGGCCAUGGGGCAGAGUGAGCUAGCUGCACAGGCAGGUGUGAGGGAAGCCUCACACCUCAGAAGCAGCCUCACUUGCUUCUGGCCUCCUCCUCCUUGCAGGGCUCCGUUGUGUGAGGUGAGCAGCUCCUCUCUGCUGAGCUUACAGCUGGGUGUGGGUGCUGUAGGCCCCUAGGCUGACCACACAGACUACUGAGCUGCAGUCCCUGUGCCUGUGGCAGCCGCCUCAACCAAGAGACCAGCAGAAAAGACUUGAAAAACUAGCGUGGCGCAAGCAAGGAUGCCUGCUUUCUCACCCAGCCUAUCCUAGGAGCCACUUUGCGGGGUCUCAUUAGAAUUUAGAAUACUUCUUUUGGGUCACACAACAGUACUGUUGGUCUAGCCUGGGGCUUUGGGCAUACUUAGCAAGUGCUCCACUAGUGAGCUAUCCUUCACUUGGCCUGGAAUAAUUUUAGUAAGAAUUUAACCUGAGGAGUCUGGUCUAGGAGUCCUCUCCGUGGUGAGGUGGAGACAAGUGGGUCCCUGGGCUUGCUGGCCUCUCAGCCCAGCUUCAUCGAGGUCUAGGCCAAUGAAAAACCCUGUGUCAGAGAGCAAGGUGGACAGGUCCUGAACAAUACCAUACAAGACACCCAGAAGAGGAGCUGAGGGUGUAGCUCUUUGGGAGAGCUUGGUGUACUCUGAAUCCUCAAGGCAGUGUUCAGUUCCCAGGCUAUAGUUAAAGAAUAUAAGCCCAGACAGACUCAUCUCAGGCUGAUGAAAAGGGAGCCAUGCAGGGAAGAGAGGAGCUUGUGGUAGAAGGUUCUGUCUUUUUUUUUAUGCAUAUGUAAGGACAGCCUUGUGGUGUCAGCUGUCUCCACGUGGGUCCUAGUCUCAAACUCACCAGGUGUGCUGCAGUCAAGAGCCCCUCACCAACCCAGCCACCUCACCAGCCCCUCCCAGACCUUGCUGCUCUCACGCAGACAGCAGAUUGGAAGUUUUCCUUCAAGGCACUUUGCCGAUCUUGGCUAGAGCAGUGCGUGUAAGGGUCCCGAGUGUGUCGUGUGUUUGGUGACAAGAGAGCGUGGGCUGUGUUUGUGUAUAGGUGUUGAAGUCCAAGAGAGGAGUGUCCACAAGCCAGGCAACAUCUGGGAUAAAGCCACUGACUGCACCUGCUUAGUGGAAAGACAGUGAGAAGGAAGCAGUAGCUUUAGGGUCUGCUGCCUACAGGACAUGGGACAUUUGUGGGCAGAGGCUGGAGAGGAAGGACGCUCCUUCUUGGUUUUGAUCCUGCUGGAUUAAAGGGGUCCUAGGUACACAGCUUUAACAGCAAACGACUAAAUUUCUCCAAGAGGAAAAGAGAGAGGAGAGAGCGAGUGAGCAAGGACAACAGCCAAAAGCAAUCGAUUGACUUCACCACAAAAGGAGCAGAGGUCUGUGAUUUUGCUUGUAAACUUCACUGAAAGCUUAGUGUCCUCUUUGUGAUAAAUGCCCAAGAGAAUAGUAUGUUUACCGCUUGUUCUGUCUGUGGUCUGAAGCAUAUUGGACAGGGUCUCCCGUGUAGCCCAGGCUGAACUCAAAUUUAUGAUCCUUCUGCCUUAACCUGACAAGUACUGGGGAUCACAAGAUGUGGACCAUCAUGCCACACGUGUGUGUGUGUGUGUGUGUGUGUGUGUGUGUGUGUGUGUGUGUACAUGCUCUGCGCAGAGCGUGUACUUACAUGAGGUCAGAGGACAGUUAACAGCAGGUGGCUCUCUCCUCCCAUCAUGUGGGUUCCAGGAAUUGAACCCCAAUCCUCAGCCUUGGAGGUGCAUGCUUUUACCCACUGAGCCAUCUCGCUGGGCCUAUGGCUAUUCCUGACCCUAACUUGUUGAAUGUGAAAUUGAUACUCACUGCCAAAUAAGGUCUUCCAAGGUCAGGUUUCAAACGGGAGUCUCUGUCUCUGACCUCGGAGCCAGGCUUUGUGAUCUAACCGUGGAAGAAAAGCUGAGGAACUGAAGGAUUUGUUCAGUGCUUGGCUUGGUGCAGGAGUCUCACUUGCCUCCUUCCCUUCCUCUUUCCUUCCUUUCCCUUCCAUUUCUUGUUCUUUCCUCUUUCUCUUUCUGAAAGAAACCCCAGGUUCUUGUCAGACUCACUCUAUAGCUGAGGUUGAUCUUGAACUUCGAUCUUUCUGCUUCCACCUCCCAAGUGCACCAGUGAGAUCACUCACAUGCACCAGUUUAUUCCGUGCUGGGGAUCAAACCUGACGCUGUGUGCAUGCUAGCCAAGCACUCUACUAACUGAGCAACAUCCCCAGACCCCGCCCAUCCUGACUUUUAACUACUGAGGCUUACAAAGUGAAUGCUGUUAAGGGGACCUCAUUCCUUCAGAAGCCCAUCCUUUCAGCCAGCCCCCCUGGUUAAAUGAGCCUUUGGUGGUCUGUGCAGAUCUGCCUGAGCCACCUCUCCACACUCCCUGUGGGUCCUUAAUGCUAAGUUUGAAGGCAACUUGGAAACUGGACAUUUGCAUUCACCCUUGGGAUGGAAGUAAUGCCAUAUUUUGAUAAGUUAGAGUCUAAAAGCACACCUGGAGUCUGCUUGCGUCUUUCUCCAAACCUGGCAGUUCUACAAAUACACACCAAAGGAAAAGCACUGGUUUUAGUUCUUUGCAGCCCUCUGUGAUAGUACCAGCUAGAUACCCCUGGGCUGUCCCAUCUCAGGCUCUUCCGCACCUUGUCAGUCUCCUCGACUGCUAGAAACCCCCAGUCUGCAUUUUGCAAAGCACACCCUGGUGCUGAACUGUACCCUUUCUUGACUGUCAACGCCGUUUACAGGAGCUCGGGGCAGCAUUGUGCCUCUUGUGGAUGCAGUGUCCCUUUGGGCCCUGGAGUGUAGUGUGUGCACAUGUCUGCCCAGCAGGAAGGAUUUCCCUGACGCACUUCUAUUCAAAUACAUACUUGUUGAAGGCUGCUGCAGACUGGCAAGUGCCAGGGUGAGGGCUUCUGAGGCAUCAUUUACUCUCACAUGGCCACGGCCUGGCUUCUACCAUGGGUACUACUUUGUACAUAACAGACUGUGAAUACAACUUUUUAAAUAAAUACCUUUCAAACUCUUGGGAAGCUAUAAUUUUGAUAGAUGAUUGGAGAUUUUCCUGUAUUUGUCAAACGAAUAAAGAAUGCGUGACCUAA